AUGAAUCAAGACCCAGAAGAUGAAAUAAUUAAGCUUCGUAAUGUCAUUUUAGACAAAACCCAAGAAAAUGCCCUUUCCGCCCGUUUUCAAGCACUUUUUUCCUUAAAAACACUUGGAAAAAAUUAUAAAAAAGCUAUUGAUAUGAAAGGAUUUUGUGAUGAUUCAGAACUUUUAAAGCAUGAAAUUGCAUAUGUUUUAGGCCAAACACAAAAUAAAAAAGCUAUUAUUCCACUUGAAAAAAUACUAAAAAACGAAUCAGAAGAAAUAAUAGUUCGACAUGAAGCAGCAGAAGCGCUAGGUGCUCUGAAUAGUCAAGAAAGUUUACCACUUCUUAAAUUUUUGAAAGAAAAUGAUCCUUCUCAAAUUAUUCGUCAAACAUGCGACCUAGCAAUUCAACGUAUUGAAUGGGAAAAUUCAAGUGAAUCUGAGAUCGAAAAAUUAACACCAAAUAUAUUUGAAUCGGUAGAUCCAGCACCACCUUUACCAGAAGAUCCAGAAAUUGGGAUAGAAAACGAAGUAAAAAAACUAGGUAAUGAACUAAUCGAUCAAAAACUAUCAUUAUUUUAUCGAUAUCGUGUAAUGUUUCGACUUCGUAAUAUUGGCACAGAUGUAGCAAUUGAAGCACUUGCACAAGGCUUUAAAGAUCCAUCUGCAUUAUUUCGACAUGAAAUUGCCUAUGUUUUUGGUCAAUUAUGUUCACCACAUUCUAUACCAUAUUUAACAAAUGUUUUAUGUAACCAAAUGGAAGAAACUAUAGUUCGCCAUGAAGCUGCUGAAGCAUUAGGAUCUAUUGGUAUUCCAGAUGUUCAAUCUCUUCUCAAAACAUUUAUACAUGAUAAGGAAAGAAUAAUUAGAGAAAGCUGUAUUAUUGCAAUAGAGAUGUGUAAAUGA